AAAAUUUUGUUUUUUGUUUACGUUUGCGGUUUUUUUAAUUUUGAUGUAUAUAUUGCAAAAAAUUCAACUAUAAAUUUUGUUUCAUUGUUUUAAUUGAUUUAUGUUAUUUUAUUAUUCGUAUUAUUUAAAAAUCCUCCUCUUUGAAACAAAACUUCCUACUCCAAUCUUCGGCCAUAACGUUUGAUUUUGUAAGCAUUAAGAACCCUGAUGUUGGCGAUAAGAUACUUGCACUGAAAAAGAAAUUCUUCUCAUCCUUUUCAAAGUGCUUACAAAUUCAAGUUUACUCAUUUCAAUCUUAGUUAAAUUUGCAAUGGAUUUUGAUUUAUUUGAAGUAGAAGAUGAUGAUAUAUUUUCUUCCCUCUGCAUUGCUCCAACACAAGAACCGAACCUGGCCAACAAUCCUAUUCCGGAGUUUAAUUGUAGCGGUGAGGAUACGACUAAUGGACAGUUCUCGAGUGAUUCCUUUAUUAAAAAUUUAUUUGCAUUGAAUCAAAAAAAUCCUGCAAUCGAUGAAAUUUCCCUGACUUCCUAUGGCUUUACAUAUUUAUCAAUACAAACGACCUUAGUAAUGGACCAUGUAGCUGAACAUGUAAGAAUGUCAAUUCAACAUUUAAUGGCAAGCCUCAAGAAUCCCAUUGAAACGGAUGAUGGUCUAUCGUAUUAUCAAAGGAGGCGCCAAGUUACCUUGUUCUACCAUUUAAUCCUUGCCAGGAGUUCAGAAAUGAGUUGGUCAAAUUUGGUACAGCAUUUAUAUAACUUAAGGCUCUUGCUCAAUCGGAUAACAAAUAGAGAAGUCUUGAAAAUGAUUUACAUUGCUAGCAGUUGUAAAGGAAAUGAGACUAACACCCCAGCUUACCAUUUUCUCCAUGGAUGUCUUGAAUGGAGACUGUUGGAUCUUUUUAUUUUACAAAAAUCUCCCAUGCAAAUAGCGUCAGCGUUUGAUGGUAAUUCAAAUGGAGAGAGUUCGACCAUGUCAUCGUUUCAAACCCAAUUGGAAAGAGUUCUAGAUGAUCUUAUAACCUUGUCUAUAUUUUUGUUUAAAAAGAAAAAAACUACAGAAUUAAUGUUUUCAUCACCAUUUCCUUGCACUUGUAUCAAAGAAUGUUGGUUGGUUUUACAGAUAUCAAUUGAAAAAUGGCAAAUUGAACCCUUCUGGAAGAUUUUUAACCGAGCUUUGGAGAAAAUUAAAAACAAUUCAGAUACUUUUGGUUUAGCGGUACAAAAUGUUGCUGAGUUUUCAAUUUGGAUGAUAAAAGCUCUAUUGAGGCUACAGGGCUAUCGUUCGAAUGGUGUUUUUGAGGGUCCACACUAUCCAAGGGUCACAGAAAACUAUGAAGAACUUGAGAGUAUAGUACAAUCAUUUUUCAACUCAAAUCCAAAUGAAGAACAAACUCGGAUAUUUAUUUGUAUAUUAAUGCCUGUAAUUUUAGAAUGGUGGAAGCCAAAAGUAAACAUUCCAAUGAUAUUAUGGGAACAUUUUCAUAAGAAACUCAAUUCGUCAUUUUUUAUUUCUGGAUCGGCACCAUCAGAUUUGGCUGUCUCAAGCAUUUCUGGAAAAGGAUAUCUCGACAAAACUCGUUCUCUCCUAAGCCAAUGUGUCCCUGAUGCGAAUCUUUCUAGUUUUUCUCUUUUCACAAUUAUACUUGGCAAGACUAUCGAAAGUUUAAACCAAAGCGAACAAUUGAAUCAAACUCAAAAACUCCUUGGUAGAAUUUAUUCAAAAUUCAGCUUGGCUAAGUUCUUGGCACUGAACGAAACUGGAAUUCAUCAUUUGAUUGAGUUGUUUUUGUCUCUGGCUUUGAGUGGUGAUUUUAAUGAUAUCGCACCCAAACUACGUGAAAAACUGUUAUCGAUUUCGUUGGAUAAAGUAGUGGUAAACCGGCAAAUAGCAGUUGUUAAAGGACAUGUUGCAUUACUAAUACUCUUCUCCGAAAAACAAUGCAACAUUUCCGAUUAUGCUACAAAACUGAUACAACAGUUGGGAAGAAUAAGAAACGAUGUGGCAGUAUCGAAGAUAAUCGCCGAUGGACUUUUGGAUAUAUUUAAAAAUGCAGAAGAUUUCGAUAAGGGCGAACAAGUUUUAAUUGAUUCUUGGAUUCCGAAUUUCUUAAAUACGUGUACCCCAGCCGAACAAGAACGUUCUCUUGAAGCUCUGCAUUUGAUUUUUGAGAAAAUUAAUAAAAAUUCACUUCUUAUUUCUGGACGCGACCAGCUUGGCAAUGUUCAAUCUCUAAUCAAGUCUUUGAAUAUUCACAUCUUGCCCUAUGUAAAACAACAUUUUAUGAUUAGUUUUUCAACAUGGAUACCAAGAUUAGCGGCAGACUUUUGCAUAAUGACAACAUCCAAUGAGCAAGUUGGCUUCCAAAAAAAUUACAAAUUCUUUAUCGAUGCCGUGACUUCUAAUCGACAAGCGGUUCCUAAGUUUCUUCUGACGAUCUUAGGAUCAGAAAAAUCAAGUCUUGUGGACACUACAACAAUCAUUCAAGUUUGGUUAAGAAGUCUGAUUCAACUUUCAGCUAAUAAUGAGGACGUAGUAAACCUUACCAGGAUUGUGUCUGGCUUUGAGGAAUUUCAUUACGUAACUGAAAUUACAGACGGAGAGGCACUGAGGUCGAAGGAACCGCUUUGUGUAUUUGUUUCAGCUGUAGGAAAGUCCUUCGAUUCAUGUACAGAUCCACAACGGAAACGAGCUAUAAGCGACAAGUUUAACUCCUAUUUGAGUUCAUUUGAAAAAUGGGUUCCAGAUAAGAAUGAAAAGUCUGAGGUGAUGUUUAGAUUUUACAGUUUUAUUGCGAUUGUUGUAUACAAUUGCGCUAAUAUUGUCUACGCACGGUCAAAAAUAUCGUGUUUCUUCCAUGUGGCCAUAACACGUUUCAUCCUCCCAACAACAAUUCAAAUGGGAAAGCCACCGGAAGGUAAACUGGAUCAUGUUAUCCAUAAAGUAUGGCCAGUUGUUGUUCAGGGUAUUGGAAGGUUAAACUUCCGCAGUGAUCCAUACGUUACCAAGACUCUUAACGAUCUAGUGGCUAAAUGGACCCCACACUUUAAAAUCUCGACCAACUCCAAAAUAGUCGCACGUCCAUUUGUGGCUUGUUUGAAUGGUGAAAACGAUAAUUUAUCACUUUUUAUAUUCGAGAAGCUGACGUCAUUGUUUUUGGUCGCACAACGGAGACAAGCAGAUCCUAAUGCUUGUUUGGUAAUAACAAUUUUUCAAGAAGUUGUUGAAGCGGUCGAAAGUGAUGAGAACAAAAUGCUUGUAGUUUUGAAAGCCAGUUGCCUAACUGUUCUUGAGCAUGUGAUGAUGGUGGAUGAGAUUAUACCAAGUCAUGGAUUGAUAUUGGAUCUCCUGAGAAAGAUUGUCAAGAGUAGUUCUUUUGAGAAGUCGAUUUCCAUUAGAUCACUUAUCGCUGAACAUCUGAGAAUAAUUGCCAAGCGGCAUCUAGCUUACUACACGUUCUUCUAUUUUGAACUAUUAAUGAAAAUUGUUAAUAUUUGCUGCCCUCUAGUUGAGGAUAUAAUGGACUAUUUACUUAAAGAAAUUUCAAUUGUAGAAGCAAAACGAGGUGGUGGUGAGGAUAAUCGAAUAAGAACUUGUGUUGAAAAACUCAAAGGAGCAAUUAUGGCUGCAAGCAGAAGAUGACAAUUUUUAAAAAUCUUAUUUUAUGUUUUAAUUUUAUUUUGUGUUAUUUGUAAAAAUUUAUAUUUUGAAAAUUAUAAAAUUUAUUUUUAUUGAUUUGUUUAAGUUUCAUUCAUGUUAUAUUUUGUUCUUGAUUUGUUUUAUGAUUGUAAAACUGAUUUAAAAAAAAAAAAAACGAAUAGGUCUCCAUUAUUUUAACUUAAAUUUUUUGUGUGAAGCAAUGAUAUGUUAAAAAUAAAGGUUUUGUAGUUUUUGUA